AGUUUUCAAAGUUAAAGAGUGUUGUAAGUGAGGGAAAAUGCCUAUCAAAAGAAAAAAGUUCAAUUCCAGAUUCCCAACGGCUAGAAUAAAGAAGAUUAUGCAGACAGAUGAUGAUAUUGGUAAAGUGGCUGCUAUUGUACCGGUUGUAAUCUCACGAGCCCUAGAAUUGUUUAUCGACGGCUUGGUAAAAAAAUCAUAUGAACAAACAAAAUCCAGAAAUGCAAAGACGCUCACAACGUCUCACAUAAAACAAGUAAUACACGAAGAAAAAGGGUUUGACUUUCUAAAAGAUCUCGUUCAGAAUGUACCCGAUCGAUCCGCCGAAGAUGAAGACACAAAGACCAGACAGACGAAACGCAGUUUGUCCAAUGCGUCUGUAGGAUCAGAAGGAGGCGUACCCACUAAAAGAAGGCGACCUAAGAAAGUACAAGAGAGUAGCUCAACUUGCACUGCCACCUCAACACCAUCGUCCUCACAUUCAGAUUUGGAAGAAAACAAAGAGGAUUUACUAGGAGUAAGCAAAACCGACGAAGAUUCUAAAAGUGAGCAGGAAGAAAGUGACGAUGAUGAUUAUGAAUAA